GGAGGCGUCCAAGAACUGACCCUUGAGGGACCCCAUAUGUCAUUGCCAUUCGAUGAGAUUGAAGACCUCCAUUGGUUACGAUACUAGAUUUCGCUACAAAAUCAGCUAAUUAAAUUCUAUUCAUAAAAUGAUGUCACAAUGGCCAAAUACAAUCAAAAUUAUUAUUCAAUCUUACCUGUGAAAAGUAAUUCCAUGAGAUCGAGCUCCGAAUGUAAAACGGUUGGUACAUCGCCGAGCAUCAAAUGAAUGGCAACUUCACUUUUCCACAUCCAAUAUGACGGCAUCGUAUAAGUUAAUACAGCGCUCAAAGCUCUGUGUAUAUGUCUAUGAUAUUCCGUUUUUUCGCCCCCAAUGCUCCUCGUGGGUUAUAAAAGCUUCGACGGCAAGUUAACAAAGGAAGGUGGAGUUUAAACUUCCGGUCCCAAAUCAGCGUUUUCAGAACAAAAGCACAAGCCGUUAAGUGCUGUCGAUUGACGAUGUAAUCCCCAUAUGUGAUCUUUUAUUUUGAAAUUAGACUCCUGGUCGCGCUCGCCCGCUUGACAAAGGCAUGCAUUUUUCGUUUCCAUAUAAUAAUUCAUUCUCAUCAGCUCAGCACUGGGCAGCCGGUGGGUCGCUCGACUAUGAGUGAGGAGAAAACGACAGUUUUGAUAACCUCGGAUGUGCGAGUGCCCCCCGGGGUGACGGAUGUGGGGAGACCCACAUGGAGCGGGCGUCUGGAGUUCAUUCUGGCCACGGUGGGCUACGCUGUGGGCCUGGGCAACGUCUGGAGGUUCCCUUACCUGUGCUACAGCAGCGGUGGAGGAGCUUUUCUGGUCCCCUAUCUCAUCAUGUUAUUCUCGUGUGGCAUCCCGCUGCUUCUCAUGGAGUUUGCCAUUGGCCAGUUCACCCAUCUCGGGCCAGUGCACGCCCUUGCCAAAGUCUGCCCUCUGUUAAAAGGUGUUGGCCUCGCCACAGUGGUUAUCUCCUACGUCUUCUGCACCUACUACAAUGUGGUCAUGAGCUGGGCCCUUUUCUACUUGUUCAACUCCUUUGGAGCAUCACCUCCUUGGAAGUCUUGCAAUAACAGCUGGAAUGUCUUUGAGACCUGUUCCAGUGGUUUCCCGGGCAACGCCACAGAUCUGCAGUCGGCCAGCCAACAGUUCUUUGAUCACAGGCUUCUGGAGAAAACAAGUGGCAUUGAAGAUGUUGGUGGUCUUCAGUGGGAACUCUUCGGCUGUCUUUUGCUCGCCUGGGUCGUUGUGUAUUUAUGCAUUUUUAAAGGAGUCAAAUCCACUGGCAAGGUUGUUUAUUUCACGGCUAUAUUUCCAUACUUCAUCUUGUUCGCCCUGCUCAUCAACAAUAUGCAGCUUCCUGGUGCGAAGGAGGGUAUCCUGUACUUUGUGACGCCUGUCUGGAGCAAACUGUUUGAAGUGAAGGUUUGGGUCAAUGCAGCAGCCCAAGUGUUCAAUUCCUUGGGAAUCGCUUUUGGUUCCAUGAUUUCGAUGGCGAGUUACAACAAGUUCGACAAUAACAUUGUGAGGGAUGCUUUGAUCGUAUCGUUCAUCAACUCCUUCACAAGCAUUCUGGCCGGCUUUGUGAUCUUCUCAGCUAUCGGCUACAUGGCUCACGUACAUAAUCUCCCGGUGGACAACAUAUCAACAGAUGGUCCUGGGCUCGUGUUUGUUGUGUACCCCGAAACCCUCUCAACCAUGCCCGCCUUUCAGCUGUGGGCACCUUUCUUCUUCUUUAUGCUGCUCUGUCUCGGUCUGGACAGCCAGUUUGCCACAGUUGAGGUGGCUUUGACAUUCAUAAAAGAUGAAUUUAGAGCCCAAGUUCUGCGUUUUCUCAAGAGGGAAGAGCUGCUGGCGCUGAUCGUCUGCGUUGUCAGCUUUGUUCUUGGACUUCCACAUGUUACGAAGGGAGGUAUAUACGUGUUUCAGCUGAUGGACCACUACACUGCUGUGGUGUCCCUCAUGUUCUUGGCUUUCUUUGAGGUUAUAGCAGUAAGCUGGUUCUUUGGGGUCCGCCGCAUCUCGUAUAUGAUCAAGAAGAUGCUAGGAAAGCCUGUGAACAUCUACUUUCGCAUCUGCUGGUUCAUCCUCUGCCCUUUGCUGGUGUUGUGCAUACUGGUCUCCAGUAUCAUCCAAUACGCUCCUGCUCAGUAUGGGACGUAUAAGUACCCAUUGUGGGCUGAAUGGGUGGGCUGGGUCAUCUCACUGGUCUCUCUGAUAUGGAUUCCCAUUGGAGCCAUACAAGAGAUCUACAACAACAAAGGCUCUUUUCUCUCGAGGCUGAAAACAGCUGUGACUUCUACACUAGAGCUGACUGUUGAGGAUCCCCUGCCUGAAUAAAUGAGGAGUAGCGCACCUUAACACAACACUUUGAUAUGUUGUUUUCAUGA